UAUUUAUUUUUAAUUUCCUCCGAAAAUAUUUCACAUUUUCGAUCUCUCUUUUCAUUUUCCCUCUCUGUUUUUUCUUUUCCAAUCUUUGGAGGGAAAAGCCUCCAAACUCAAAUUCCAUUUCUGUUAAAAACCCUAGAAUUUCAAGUUAUACGAGCUUAAUUUCUCUAUCGCUAUCCUCUCUCUUUCUUUCUCUCUUCAAUGGUUGAAGUUGCUGUUUUUCUCAGUUGCAGGAAUAGCUAGUAUAACUUCGAGUUUUUUGAUGUUCUCGUGCUCGAAUUUGUCUAAGAACACAAGGUGAUGGUUGCUAUUCAGGUCCUGCCUUCAAAAUUACAGUGAUGUCUUUUUGUUUGUGUUUUCCAAUUUCAUAGUUUGUUUUCAAAGUUGAAGUAUAUUCAGAACAGACCCCGGGGGGUGGCUCCUCUUUUUUUAUUUAUAUUAUUCUACUUAAGGGGAUUAGCUAUUAAGCAUCUAAAGAAUUGGACAUUCUUUUCUGAGUUGGAAAUGCAAACCAAGAAAAAGGUUGGUGGCAGAAACUCUGCUCAAGAUAAUUCCAGUCCAAAGGUUUCUAGACAGCAGAAAAAAGUGUCUGAAAAUGUGCAAAUUGCAGAGAAGAAAGUUACAGAGCUAAUCACCUCAUCUGCUAGAAAGCAAAAAAAUGGUGGCACUAAUCUAAAGAAUAUUGUGGAGCGUGUUCCUGGAACAAAUCUGAACACAAGAUAUGGAUUGGUAGAGGAUGACACUGGGCACAACACAAUUAGUGGCACCGCCGUGGAAUGUGAGGGCCGUGAUGAUGGAUCUGCCCAUUGCAUGUUAGAAACUAUAUUUUCUCCCGCCUUUCAUGUUUCUAAAGGUGUUGGGGAAAUUGCCAAUGGAGUUGAUUUCAUCAAAAUUUUCCAGAGAGGGGAUGAGAAACUUCAGGAUUUUGGAAAAGAGAAUUCACAGAUUGAUAUGGUAAACGGUAACGUUAUGCAAGAUUCUAGUGAGCCCACAAUGACAUUGAUGAAUGCGACAUGCCCCGAUUUUGGAGGUAACCUGUCAUCUGAAGUUUCAGCUAUAUACCUUUCCAUGAAAAGCUCAAAGUUGGAAUGUGUUGAUGAGCAAGAUCAAGAUCACAUGUCUACUGAUGUUUGCGUGGAGGAUGUUGAAUGUGAAGAAUUUGAUGACUUCGACCCAUACUUCUUCAUAAAGAAUUUGCCAGACCUGUCAUCAGUUGUCCCAACUUUUCGGCCCAUGCUGCUACCUAAGCAGACGCGGAGUUGCCCUCCUACUACUCUUGUUUUGGACUUAGACGAGACAUUGGUGCACUCUACACUAGAACCGUGUAAUGAUGCAGAUUUCUCCUUUCCUGUGAAUUUUAACCUCAAAGAUCAUACAGUCUAUGUUCGAUGCCGUCCUCAUCUCAAAGAUUUCAUGGAGAGGGUAGCAAGCCUUUUUGAGAUUAUUGUGUUUACUGCCAGUCAAAGCAUUUAUGCUGAGCAGCUUCUUAAUGUGCUGGAUCCGAAAAGGAGGGUAUUUCGCCAUCGUGUUUUUCGUGAAUCAUGUGUUUUUGUGGAAGGGAAUUACCUCAAAGAUCUGUCAGCUCUUGGCCGUGAUUUAGCACAUGUAAUUAUAAUUGACAACUCUCCACAGGCAUUUGGGUUCCAAGUGGACAAUGGAAUACCAAUCGAGAGCUGGUUUGAUGACCGUUCAGAUCAAGAAUUACUUUCACUACUCCCAUUUCUGGAAAGCUUAGUUGGUGUUGAAGAUGUUCGGCCAUUGAUUGCUAGAAAGUACAACCUCAGGGAGAAAAUUGCUGCAGCUGUUGUCCUUCAAACUCUAAUGGAGGAGAUCCUUUUGAAAGAUAAGGUUAUCAAUUCAAGAUUUUAGUGUUUGUGGGAAUGCAGAUUGGUUUUCCCAUACCGAGACUUGAAACAAUUAUGUUCAACCAAGAAAAUAGCAAGAAAUGGUCAUAUGCUUAUGAUCAUGUGUCCUCUGUUUGAUGAACCUUUUCCAAAAAGAAAGUAACUGAAACACAUGAUGUAUAAUUUUCAGAAUGAGGUUAGGAAUCAGAAUUCUGUUAUUGUUACGGAUGUGUAUGGUGUUAACUUUGAAGAUGGAGACUUGUUUUUAAUUUUUUUAUGGAGCACAAAAUAAUUGAUAAGUUCAUCUUUCAUUAUCAGCAAUUAUAAUGAUAA